AUGAGGGCCAAUGAACGUGUUCUGUGCAAUAUUGAAAAGGAUGAAACUAACGGGGAGGCAUUGGAACAUCCCCAGGAGAAGGCAAUCUCACUCGAUGACCAAAUAGAAGAAGAGGAACCUGAGCCUCGUGGAAUGUCUUUGAAUUCAGAGACUUCAUCUCGUUCCACUGCUCCGCCAAAAGAGCAGAGAAGGUUACCCUGCCAACGGUGCUUUCGACGCAUGAUACAACAACCCGACCACGUUUGUGUUCUUGAACCAGACACUAUCAAGUGUAAGCAUUGUCGUUCAGUAAACAACCACUGCCUCGAGCUGCCAUCUGCGGUUCAUGUCAAUGCUAUUAGAGCACUCUCUACGCACCCCGGGACAGGAAGAAUUGCCCUUAUUAGGGAAACUGUACGUCGGAUGCGACGUUCUUCUACUCGAUUUAAAUCGACUUAUGCACAUGCAUCUUCUGGUGUCGAUGUACCACCAUGCCCUCGCUCUUACCGCACUCCCAUGACAAAUGCUCUGAGAAAUCAUGAUAUAAAGUCCAUCAAGGCUGUUCGUGAUGAAAUCCAGGCUGUGUCAGAUCGUACCCAAUGGGAGGUCCGGAAACUCACUGAGCGAUUGAUCGAGGUAGAGAUUGAGAUGCAGGGCGAGCUGCACCCCGAGGUAGAAGAUGAGGAUUUGUCUGCUUGGCUGUAG